UCUCCCUCCACCCCUUCCCCUCGCCCCCUCUCCCUUUUCAGUGGGAGCUGCAUCCGGAUCGGGACUGUAGUUCUACCGUUCAUGGCUGUCUGACGGAGUGUGGAUUCUGCUGAAAAACUUCAAGUAAAACAGAAGCUGGGAGAACAAACACCAGAAGAUAUAUUAAGAAAGCAGGUUUGCUACUUAACUCGGAGGAAAGAAGCUGGAGCAGACUUCUUCAGUUGCCCUCUAAGAGCCUUGCUGAGCGUCCUUGCUAAGAAAAAUGUUGCUGAUUCAAAAAGAAGAGGAGGGAUGGGGAAGAAAAAAAAUUGUCCAUGUCUCUGUGAGAGAGAGAUGUGUGCGUGUGUUCGUGUGAAUGCAUGCUUGUGUGUGAGAGGGUGUAGGCGAUGGCUGUGAGGGAGCUUGAAAGAAUGUCGUGGGGUUUUUGUCUUUUUUUUUUUUUUUUUUUUUUUUUCCCUAUGAAAGACGUGUGAAUGCAGUUCCCACAGAAGGGGACCAAACUCUGCCCAAGAGCAAAAAGGGUAGACAGAGGGAGGAAAGGAGGGGGAGCGGGGGGGAGGAGGGAUUGCUAUUACAGAAGACAUUUGUAGAAAGAGGGUGGCAAAUCCUGUGACCAUCUUUAAAGGUAGUUUCCUGGGACCUAGGGAGCAAGAAAGAAGCCCAGAGAAAGAAAACAAAAGGCUAUGAUUUCCUUGUCCUGUUGCUUUAUCUCUGUCUCCCUCUGCCUCUGGAAGAGUAGCCACAGGACAAUAAGAUGCCCGGCUGGUCACUGCAUGCCCAAGUUCAGUUUAGCUGGUGCUUCUCUCCUGUUUAGCCCGACUGCUUACUGUGAAGGGGAGGACUCACAGCCCGACAGCCUUGUAGUUUAUCCUGAAGAGUGUGUGCCGCCUCUCUUUGCCCAUCCCAAGAGCUCACUGGAGGUGGAGGAGAGGGGAGAAAGAGGAGGACGUGAAAGUGCCCGAGCUUCUGAUGCUAAGAGGAGCCAAACAUUUCUGUGGACAAUGCAGGAAGGACAAAUCUGACUGAUUUAUUGCCGUUUUCCAUAAUUUUUUUUCUCUCCCUAUCAAUUGGCGCACACCAGUGUUUGGAGAUCUUUGAAAACACAAAAUAAAACACCAACCCUGAAGCCCCAACCCCUUGGCUAGCCCUUAUGGGAAUGAAACACUCCUCCCGCUGCCUGCUCCUGAGGAGGAAAAUGGCGGAGAACGCUGCUGACAGCACCGAGGAAAUGUUAAAGGAUGAAGUGCGUACAUUAACAUAUAGAAACUCAAUGUAUCACAAUAAACAUGUUUUUAAAGAUAAGAUUGUCCUUGAUGUUGGAAGUGGCACAGGAAUCCUCUCCAUGUUUGCUGCAAAGGCAGGAGCCAAGAAGGUUUAUGGGAUUGAAUGCUCAAGUAUAUCUGACUACUCAGAAAAAAUUAUCAAGGCCAACCACUUGGACAACAUAAUCACAAUAUUUAAAGGUAAAGUGGAAGAAGUUGAAUUACCUGUGGAUAAAGUAGACAUCAUCAUCAGCGAGUGGAUGGGUUACUGUCUGUUCUAUGAGUCAAUGUUAAACACAGUCAUCUUCGCACGAGACAAGUGGCUGAAACCUGGAGGGCUAAUGUUUCCAGACCGAGCUGCUUUGUACGUGGUAGCAAUUGAAGACAGGCAGUACAAGGACUUCAAAAUUCACUGGUGGGAGAAUGUGUACGGCUUUGACAUGACCUGUAUUAGGGAUGUUGCCAUGAAGGAGCCUUUGGUGGACAUAGUAGAUCCAAAGCAAGUGGUGACCAAUUCCUGUUUAAUAAAGGAAGUAGAUAUUUAUACAGUGAAGACUGAGGAAUUGGCAUUUACUUCUGCAUUCUGCCUUCAAAUUCAGCGUAAUGAUUACAUUCAUGCCUUGGUCACCUAUUUUAAUAUCGAAUUUACAAAGUGCCACAAGAAGAUGGGAUUUUCUACAGCACCUGAUGCUCCCUAUACUCACUGGAAGCAAACUGUCUUCUACUUAGAGGACUAUUUAACUGUGAGACGAGGAGAAGAAAUCUAUGGGACUAUAUCCAUGAAACCAAAUGCAAAAAAUGUGCGUGACCUGGAUUUCACAGUAGACUUGGAUUUUAAAGGACAGCUAUGUGAAAUGUCAGUAUCUAAUGACUACAAAAUGCGCUAGCAAGAAAUCUUUCAGAGAGAUGAAAAGGAGAAUUUUAUUAAGUCCUGAACUGCUGAACUUCAAGCUAGGAACAACUGUUCACAAGAUCAUUAUAUUAAACACUAGAAUGUUUACUCUGAUGAAGAGUGGUAACCUGAUCCUUCUUGCAAGUAGUACAGGGGGCUGGGAUCCCACUGUGAAUGUACAGUAUACAGAACUGCAGCUUUUGUCAAACAGGAGAAAUGAGUGUUCUGGUUAACUUUAGGAUGCCAGAAGAUACGUAUACAAAUUGUACUACUUACUGUGAAUUUCUGGUUCUUCCAAGCCUUGCAUGUUAAAAAUUAUUAGGGCAGCUUUUUCACUAUGAAAGACCACUACAGUACAUCACUAUGAUAACAUUACUGGACUUAUAUUCAAUAUAAAUGAAUAUAUAUAUUGUACAUGAGAAAAAAAAAUGUCAUUUCAUAAUAGGAAUUUGUUUUGUGAUUAUUUAAUUCUCAUUAUGCAGUUAUGGAAAGAUAAUGAUGUUACCUCUGGUACCACUCUAGGCAGUGAUCUAUUCCGUUAACUGUCCAAAGUUAUAGCUUUGGUAAAUAUUCUGUGCAAAGAGUAGAUAAGACCUGAGCAUUUACAGAAAGUACAACUAUAUUUUUUAAUGUUCUCUGGAAAACAUGGACCAUUAGUUUCAAAAUUCACCUUCACAACUGGAUGUCUGUCAGAGCUUUAAAAAACAUUAGCUUUUUAUUCUUGAAAAUAUUCCGUGGUGAUUUUUUAUAGGUGGAUUUUGCAUGAGACCUUCUGAAAUCAGACACCUAGUAUUUAAAUGUGAUGAAUGAAAAGUCUCUGAAAUGGUGGGUAAUUCAUGUUUCUUGGUCAUGCCAUAUUUCAGUUCUUUGCAAGAUUCUUAAUACAAAAUAACUAAAAAAGCAAGGAAUUAGUGUUUUAGUGAUGUUUUAGAUAAGUUUAAAUUGCAAAUACUAUUCUCAAGAGUGCAGUGAUUUGCAGGAACAAGCUAAUGUCUUUAGAAAAAUGUCCAUGGCUUCUGAUAUUACUAAGAUGUCUGUAAUUUCCCUGUCCCUUUACACCCCUUGUUUUUCUUGCAAUAUCUCCUGCUUAUAGUUAAAAUAUUAACUGCUUAUAAUUCUACAUACGUAUAUAUCAUGUCUUUUUACUAUAUGAAUGUUGACCACUUAAUCACAAGUAAUUCAUCAAAAACUGCAUCAUUGGUCCUAUCUACCUUUUUUCUUAUUUUCCAGUCUGUCUGGCAUUAGGCACUAAAUCAUGUUGCAUCAUGUAUUGGAUGAGAUUGACUAGUUCUUUGCCUAAAAAAUCCUUUUAAUCACCUGCAAAUAAAGCAUACUUGAAGAUCUA